UAGUCAAGCAGACAGCGUAUCCCUCUGAGCACCAGUAAUUAUGUUUUUCUCCUUCCUUCUUCCAGUUCAAAAUAUACGGAAACUUUAGGAAUCAUCUUGAAGCAGCCUGGGCUGCCACAGGUAACGGUGUCAGUAGCACAAUACGGCCAACGAAAGAUGGCACUCUGUAUCAUCUUGAGAUGGAGUGGUCAAAAAAGGAGAAAGAGAUUAAAAAUAUCCUUCAAGAACUGGACCAGCUGAUGCUGAAUGUUACUUUCAGGGAUAUAAAGACCGUCACAAGUGCCAAGAACAGCCAAGCCACCAUCGUAAACCGCCAGGACGCUUACUGCGUGGGAGACCACUUGGCGGUUCGACUGGAUCUCUACGACCACGUGGGGAAGAGGAAGGAGCACGGAGGAGAUUUCCUACAAGCGAGGAUCUACUCGCUGAACCUUGAGGCUGGCGCCUCCGGGCUUGUCCAGGAUCACGGGAAUGGGACGUAUCUGGUUGAUUUCACUUUAUUCUGGGAGGGGAACGUCAGCGUUUCCCUCUUGCUCAUCCACCCCAGUGAAGCUGUUUCUGCUCUUUGGAGAGCGAGGAAGAAAGGCUACGACAAAAUAGGUUUCACGGGUAAAUUUUUAAACGGAACUUCAGCCGUCAACACUGAAUGUGGUUUCAAGCUGAACCGAAGUCUGGAACUGUGCGCUUAUCUGGACGAGAGAGACCAGGAGGCCUUCUACUGCGUGAAACCCAAGAAUGUGCCUUGUGAAGCUUUCGUCAGCCUGAAGUCCUACAACACACCCAUCUCGUAUCUCACAGCCUUGGAACGGACUCUUUUAACGAGGUCUAACGUGGGAGUCCAGAUCCCUCACGUGCUUGGGGAUAUUCAUGUCGUCUCCUGCAAAAGUGAGUUGAAUGUCUCUCGUGAGAAAUGCACUUUUGGGGUGAAUGUCCCCUUUCCUAGUGGCUUCGUGUGGCAGAACCAAUGGCACCCCCUUUCCUGUGAUUUGCGUGCUUUUGACACCAUGGACAACCUUACCACAUGCUUGAAGGGAAAACUGGUUUAUCUCCUGGGAGACUCGACCGGGCGGCAGUGGAUUGAGAGCCUGACAAGGAGAGUACACACUCUUCGGUAUCUUGACAGCCACGGAGCUGGAAAGCACAAGAACUUGAUCGCUGUGGACCUGGCCCAAAACAUUCAGAUCCAGUGGAGAAAACACCACCACCCUUUAGUCACGGGCCACGAGUACCUGGUCACAGACCACAGCUAUAUCGCUCAAGAGAUCGACAAGGUGGCUGGUGACGAGGCCACGGCCGUUAUCAUAGCCAUUGGCCAACACUUCCGCCCCUUCCCGCUCGAGCUGUUCCUCCGAAGGGCCCUUAACGUGCGGAGCGCCAUCCGCCGCCUUCUCCUGCGCAGUCCGGGCACGAAGGUCGUUCUCAAGGGAGAAAACGUACGAGAGCUGGACGUCGACCAGGAGCGAUUCAGCGACUUCCACGGCUACGCCCAGUACCUGGCAAUCAAAGAGAUCUUUCAGGACCUGAAUGUGGUCUUCAUCGAUGCCUGGGAUAUGACGGUGGCUUACGGCACGAACAACGUUCAUCCCCCAGAUCACGUGGUUUGGAAUGAAAUCAAAAUGUUUUUAAACAGCAUCUGCUGAGAU